AUGGAUCUGACCGUCUACAACUCCAUAAUGAAGUGCGACGUCGACAUUCGUAAGGACCUUUACGCCAACAACGUUCUUUCCGGUGGUACCACCAUGUACCCUGGUAUCGCCGAUCGUAUGCAGAAGGAAAUCACUGCCCUCGCACCCUCGACCAUCAAGAUCAAGAUCAUAGCACCUCCCGAGAGGAAAUACUCCGUAUGGAUCGGCGGUUCGAUCCUCGCUUCCCUAUCUACCUUCCAACAGAUGUGGAUCUCGAAGCAGGAGUACGACGAGUCCGGUCCUGGUAUUGUCCAUCGCAAGUGCUUUUAAAUCUAUUAUUGAACAGUGUCAGAAAUGCGACACAGAUUUUGAAGAAUUAACGUCUGGGUUGCGUGUAGGAGUUUUGUUGAGAGAGAGAUGAUCGAAUUUAUACGAACAAUUGUGCUGUUACGAAAGAAAAUCAUUGACACAUCAGCAUUCGACUUUUCGUUAUCAGGUUAUAUAUUUUCUUGGGAUUUUUUUUUUUUUUUUCUUUUUUUCCAAAUAAUGAGUACAAUCUACUCAAUCUAUUUUAAGUUUGUAACUUUUUGCAAGAAGGAAAGUCGAAGUGAACGUUAUUACAUCGAAUGUUAGUGUAAUCAGAGAUUUCCAAAGAUAAUCAUUAUGUUAAAAUGAGCUUUGGAAGUGGCCACGCUUAGUUGACCGUUAUGUCGCCAUUAAGAUUGCUUACUAUCUUAAUGUUAAAUAUGUUGUCUGUAAUCGUACAAUUAAGUUCAUAUUCAUUCUAUCUGGGUUGUUAACGAAGCAAGGCUUCUAAAGUGCAUCUGAUCCUAUUAUAAUAUACUUUGUAAAUAUUAUAUACUAAAUCAUUGUUGCAUUGUUGCAAUACAAUUGACAAACAAUGUCAAAUAUAAACCUAAAUAUACAUUUCACACGACAUUA